CGUCUGACGGGCUCUAUCUCCGCGCGCGCGCACCUCCACCACACAACGUCUUCGCGGUAAACACAAAUGGCGGCGCUCGCGACCAUCCUCUGCGGCGGCGCCGUCGCCGGCCACCAGCGGUCACGCCGCCGCGCAGCCCCGUCGCUCCAUGUCAGAGGCGGCUCCGCUUCGGACGCCGCCCACCUUGUCUGCGGUAGGAAGCUCCGCCCGGCGCUGUUCCCCACUUCCUCCUUCGGCGCUCUGCCCCUGUCUCCUCCGGGGAGUAGGAAGCUCCUCCGGACGUCGGCUUCCGCGGCCGCCCCCUCAUCCGACUCCCAGGGGCAAGCAAAGCCCAUCGGGUUUUUGGAGAGGUACCCGGCUCUUGUCACUGGUUUCUUCUUCUUCAUGUGGUAUUUUUUGAAUGUGAUAUUUAACAUUCUCAACAAGAAGAUCUUUGAUUACUUCCCCUAUCCAUACUUUGUGUCGGUGACCCAUCUUUCGGUUGGAGUCUUGUACUGCCUUAUCAGCUGGAGCACCGGUCUCCUAAAGCGUGUGCCGAUGAAUUCGACGCUUCUGAAGCUGCUGCUGCCAGUUGCAAUUUGCCAUGCCAUCGGUCAUGUAACGAGCACUGUGUCUUUUGCUGCUGUAUCGGUCUCAUUUGCCCACACCAUUAAAGCUCUCGAGCCGUUCUUCAAUGCGGCUGCUUCACAGUUUAUUCUCGGGCAGCAAGUUCCCUUCACAUUGUGGUUAUCUCUGGCUCCAGUUGUAAUAGGUGUAUCAAUCGCAUCUCUCACUGAACUCUCAUUCAACUGGACUGGUUUCAUCAAUGCCAUGAUUUCUAAUAUCUCGUUCACCUACCGUAGCAUUUAUUCGAAGAAAGCUAUGACUGACAUGGAUAGCACCAAUAUGUAUGCCUAUAUCUCUAUAAUUGCUCUCAUCGUCUGCAUUCCUCCAGCACUCAUUAUUGAAGGACCUCAACUAGUGCAGCAUGGAUUUAAAGAUGCAAUUGCCAAAGUUGGAUUAGCAAAAUUAGUUUCCAAUAUUUUCUUGGCGGGCUUGUUCUAUCACCUUUAUAAUCAGGUUGCAACAAACACAUUGCAGCGGGUGGCCCCUCUAACACAUGCCGUUGGCAACGUGUUGAAACGUGUCUUUGUCAUCGGCUUCUCAAUCAUCAUUUUCGGCAACAAGAUCACCACACAAACUGGAAUUGGCACAGCCAUUGCUAUUUCUGGUGUUGCCCUAUACUCAGUUAUCAAGGCUAAGAUUGAGGAGGAGAAAAAGGAAGGCGUGGCGGUGGCGGCUCCCUGAAGAUGGAAUAAGGCCCUCUCCGCCUAUCCCGCAUCCUGGCGGUGCGUUUAGCGUUGUUGGAGGGUGUGUGGAUGUGUGUCUUCAGCGGAUCGCGCGGGAUUCAGUCGGUAUUGGUCUUUGUUGGAUCUCCGUUGAUCCAGUCUUUGUUCGUGUUCCUUCGCGUGUCUACAUGUUAGAUCCUUCCAAUCUACGGUUCUCUUCAUCGUCGAUGAUUGCUGUUCUGGUACCUUGGUCCCGUGGGGUCUUAGCAUAGCAUGAUGACUUCCCGACUAUAUUUAGUACAAGAAGUUUGCCCGGCCCGUUGAGGGUCGGCGAUGACCAGUGCACCUUCGGCUUGCUCCAGCUUUAGUCGUCGCUAGGUUGUCUAUGAAAUUAGAUGUAAUUUUAAUAUUUUUAAUGUUCUUUGUACAAUGCAUAGAUCAAAUUUUUUUUGAUAUCUUAGGGUAAUUUAAGCCAGUCUUCUUGCAGCUUAAUAUACGGCUGGAGAACUAUUAAAAGACCAA